CAAGCGCAACUUCUUUUGUGGAACCAACGUCGAAAGAGGCGUCGAGGACGUCGCUUUCCCUGUUUUUGGGUUUUGCCAAGCCCACAGCAAUCGUGGUUUGACAUACACUAUUUUGAUGCUACAAUUCCAGGAGACUAUUUUAGGCGUCAGCUCCGCUUAAACAGAAAUACGUUCUCGGUGCUAUUGAAUAUUCUUCGCCCACGCCUGACAAGACAAAACACGCACUUGCGUGACUGUGUGACACCGGAAAAACUUUUGGCAUUGGGACUGUAUCGCUUGGCGCAUGGAAAUUCCUACAUAACGAUAGGCCCAAAUUUUAAUGUAGGAAAAAGUACAGUUAUUUAGGCGGUCCAAGAUGUUGUUGA